CUCAAACAGGUUGUGACGUGUUUUCCAGAAGUAAAAGAAUUUUCAGAUCUGUUGUUCAACUCAACAGUUCAGCGGAGGAACAGAAAGAUUUGCAGGCAUUAUUUGAGCUGUAAAUAGGUAAUUCACCAUGGCGAAUGUUAAACAGCUGCUCGACAACUCACUGGAUGGACUGUUAGAAGCUGAACUAAAGAAGUUUCAGUGGUGCUUAGUGAAUUACCAUAGAGGGAUUUCAAAAGCAGAAAUGGAGAAUGCAGACAGGUUGAAGACAGUGGAUAAGUUGGUGUCAUGUUUUGGACCAGAAAGAGCUGUAAAGAUCACAGUGGACAUCCUGAAGAAAAUAAAGCAGAAUGAAUUGGCUGAAGAGCUGGAGAAUACACAGAAGCAAGGUGCAGCUUCAGAGAACUGUAAAUACCCUCCUGUUGAUUACACAAACACCAGCCAUGAACUAAAGAAGAACUUAAAGGAGGACUAUAAGCAGAUAUUGAUUGGUAAUUCACAGACGGGUCGCCAGAAGUACCUGGAUGAUAUUUACACUGAUCUAUAUGUGGUGGAGAACGAGACUGGAGGAAGAGAGAAUGACCAUGAGGUGAUACAGAUGGAGUCAAAACACAACCAACAGAUAGCCAAGGAUAAACCACUCAAGUGUAAUGACAUGUUUAAAGUUCAGCCUGACACCGAACAAAACAGAAGAAUCCUGACACUGGGGAUCGCAGGAGUGGGAAAGACAGUCUCUGUCAGCAAAUUCAUCCUUGACUGGGCUGAAGGAAAAGACAAUCAGGAAAUAGUCUUCGUAUUUCCACUGCCAUUUCGUAGAUUGAAUCUGAUUAAAGAAGAAAAGUACAGUCUCAUAGGUCUGCUUAACAAGUUCUUCUUUAGCAGUGGAGGACUGAGCUCUCUUCCUGAAGAACAAGGUAAGGUCAUGUUCAUCUUUGAUGGACUGGAUGAAUAUCGCUUUGAAUUGAACUUUAAAGAGGAGAAUGGAUUUACAGAUGUUGAUAAGGAAAUGACAGUGAGUAAGAUAGUAACACAUCUCUUAAAGAGACAGCUGCUACACUCUUCCCUCAUCUGGAUCACAUCCAGACCAGCAGCAGCCAGUCUGAUACCCCAAAACUACAUUGAUCAGGUGACUGAGGUGCGAGGAUUCAGUGAUGAGCAGAAGGAGCAGUACUUCAUUAAAAACAGCAGUCCCGAGAAUGCUGGAAACAUCAUCAGCCACAUCAAAAAAUCCAGGAGUCUGUACAUCAUGUGCCACAUCCCCGUCUUCUGCUGGAUCUCUCUCACUGUUCUUCAGCGUUUGCUGGGUCAAGAGAGCAAUGACAAAACACCCACAACUCUCACAGAGAUGUACACCAACUUCUUACUGUCUCAAAAGCAACAGAUGAAAGAAAAAUACAGCAAUGAUACUGAACCAGAAGCCAAUACCUGGUCUUUUGAUGACAUUGUUCUGAAGCUUGGUAAACUGGUUAAACAGCUGCAGGAAGGAAAACUGAUUUUCUACAAAACAGAUCUGCAGAAGUGUGGACUAGAUGUCAAGGAAGGGUCUUUGUUCUCUGGAUUAUGUACUCGAAUGUUUCAGGAAGAAAACCCAGUUUCAGGGGAACAGGUUUACAGUUUUGUACAUCUCAGCGUUCAGGAGUUCAUUGCUGCUCUCUAUGUGUUUUUCACUUACAACAACAAGAAAGCAAAUCUAUUUGUUGAUUCCAGGAAAAAGCAACUGUCAUGGAAACUCUCUAAAAAGACCCUGUUUAAACUUCAUAAGGAUGCAGUCGAGAAGACUUUACAAAGCAAGAACGGACACCUGGACCUUUUCCUUCGGUUCCUGCUGGGUCUCUCUCUGGAGUCUAAUCAGAGUGACCUGAAGGAAUUCCUGCCAAGCAUGGAGCUCAAAACUGAGAACAUCAAAGACACGGCUGAUUAUAUCAAAAAGAAAAUAGAGAAGGAGAAAUCAGCAGAGAGGACCAUCAACCUCUUCCACUGUCUGAAUGAACUGAAAGAUAACUUUGUGGAGGAACUCCAGAAGAGUCUGAGCUCUGGAAAUCUUACAGAACAGAAUCUGUCCUCUGCUCAGUUGUCGGGUCUGAUGUUUGUGCUCCUGAUGUCAGAAGAGACUCAAGAGAAGUUUGAACUGCAGAAAUACAGAGGAUCUGAUGAAGCACUGAUGAGACUGAUACCAGUGAUCAAAAACACCAGAAGAGCACUCCUACAGUGCUGUAGCCUCACGGCUCAGUCCUGUAUGAGUUUGUCUUCAGCUCUACAAUCGUCAAACUGUGUCCUGAGAGAGCUGGACCUGAGUAACAAUGACCUGCAGGAUUCAGGAGUGAAGCUUCUCACUGAUGGACUGAAGGGCCCAAAUUGUAAACUGGAGAUACUGAGAUUUGCCAUGUGUAAACUCACUGUAGAUUCUUGUGAGAGUUUGUCUUCAGCUCUUCAAUCCACAAACUGUGUCCUGAGAGAGCUGGACCUGAGUAACAAUGACCUGCAGGAUUCAGGAGUGAAGCUUCUCUCUAAAGGACUGAAGGGCCCAAACUGUAAACUGGAGAUACUGAGAUUUGUCAUGUGUAAACUCACAGUGGAUUCUUGUGAGAGUUUAUCUUCAGCUCUUCAAUCCUCAAACUGUGUCCUGAGAGAGCUGGACCUGAGUAACAAUGACCUGCAGGAUUCAGGAGUGAAACUUCUCUCUGAUGAACUGAAGAGUCCAAACUGUAAACUGGAGACACUGAGAUUUGCCAUGUGUAAACUCACUGUGGAUUCUUGUGAGAGUUUGUCUUCAGUUCUACAAUCCCCAAACUGUGUCCUGGGAGAGCUGGACCUGAGUAACAAUGACCUGCAGGAUUCAGGAGUGAAGCUUCUCUCUGAUGGACUAAAGAGUCCAAACUGUAAUCUGGAGACACUGAGGUUGUCUGGCUGUAUGGUGACAGAGGAAGGCUGUGGUUUUCUGUCUUCAGCUCUGAGUUCAAACCCCUCACACCUGAGAGAGCUGGAUCUGAGCUACAAUCAUCCAGGAGAUUCAGGAGUCAAGCUGCUCUCUGAAAAACUUGAGGAUCCAAACUACACACUGGACAAACUCAAUCUGGAUCAUGGAGGAGAGACAAGGAUUACAGCAGGACUAUGCAAAUAUGUCUGUUUCCUCACACUGGAUCCAAACACAGCACACGCUCAUCUCAUUCUGUCUGAGGAGAACAGAGAGGUGAAGGGAGUGUUAGAGAAACAGCCGUAUCCUGAUCAUCCAGACAGAUUUGAUGAUCAUCCUCAGGUGUUGUGCAGAGAGAGUGUGUGUGGACGCUGUUACUGGGAGAUUGACUGGAGUGGAGAUGAUGUUGUGGAUAUAUCAGUGUCAUAUAAAAGCAUCAGCAGGAAGGGAAAAGGUGAUGAGUGUGUGUUUGGACAUAAUGAGCAGUCCUGGAGUUUGAUCUGUGAUGCCUCCAGUUUCACAUUCAGACACAAUUGCACACGCACUCGUCUCCCAGUAAAGCUACUCGGCAGGAAAAUAGGAGUGUUUGUGGAUCACAGUGCAGGAACUCUGAUCUUCUACAACAUCUAUGAAGACACAAUGAGCCUCAUCCACUCAGUCCAGACCACAUUCACUGAGCCGCUCUGUGCUGGGUUUGGUGUUUAUCUUGGAUCAUCAGUGAAACUGUGCUGAAGACUGACGGGAGAUUUACCCAGAAUCCUCUGCAGGCGCAGUCAGCAGCAGUGUGUGUGUGUGUGUGUGCGCGCACAUGUGUUCACUAGUGUUUGUGUGUAAGAGAGAGAGAGAGAGUGAGAGUGUGUGUGUCUGUGUUUGUGUGUGUGUUUGUAGAUUGUCCGGCUGUAUGGUGACAGAGGAAGGCUGUGGUUUUCUGUCUUCAGCUCUGAGUUCAAACCCUUCACACCUGAUGGAGCUGGAUCUGAACUACAAUCAUCCAAGAGAUUCAGGAGUCAAGCUGCUCUCUGAGUAACUGGAAGAUCCAAACUACACACUGGACAAACUCAAGUAUGUGAAGCAUUUACAUGGUUUUGUUUUGGUGAUUUCUGCAUAGAGACAGAUAGCGAAUAAUCUGGUGUAUAUUUCUAGAUUCUGGACACGGUUUUAGAGUUUAACCCUGUUGUACUGUUGGGUCGUUUUCAUCCACUCUGGGGUGAUUUUGAGUCUUAGUUUGACUUUCUGUGUUUCAGCUAGCGGAAGGAUUUUUUUGUGAUAAAUCAAAUUUUGACGCACAAUUUGAGAAAGUGCUUUGAACAUAAAAAGAGCCUUAACAAUACACUCUGGGCAAAUUUACUACCCUUUCAUUGGAGAUGAAAACAUUCACUAAAUUAAACUGCUGUAAAAAUGUAUUCUGAAGUCCUUCUGUUGAUGGUAUAUGUAGAUCACGUUAUGUGCAUCUUUGUGUGACACAAAGACACUGUGUACACUGUCUUUGUGGAAAAAAUACAGUAAAAUAUAUUCGGUACCGUGUGUUUUGUAUAAAAACAAUGUUCUGAAAUAUUUUACUAUGCAUUUAUGUAGGCCCAUGUACUGUCUGUAGUAAGUGUAACACUGAACAAAAAAAGUCAUGAUGACUGGAGAAGAAGUGGUCAUCGUGUUUUACAUUAAGCACAUCAGUGAUCAACUGGUUCUUAUAAAUGUAUAUUCAUGUGAUGGUUUGUGUGUCAUUUGAAAACAAAAUACCAUUUUGAGAAGAAAUCACAUUGUUUUGAAUGUAAAGUUUCAUUUUGCAGGAGAAUUAAAGGGUU